CUGCUUAGUCAAGGCCUCUUCUAUAUCGAGCCCAAGCUUCCGAACCUCUUCUACGACAGAAACCGCUCCUAGAUCAACCCCUCGAGCUCCAGCAGUCCGCACAACUCCUCACUCGAAACAUGUCCUGGCAAGCAUACAUCGAUCAGAGCCUCCUCGGCCCCGGCAACAUCGACAGAGCCAUGAUCUGCGACGCCGCCGGCAGCGCUGUCUGGGCCACAUCCCCAGGUUUCUCCGUCACCGAUGCCGAGCGCCAGGCCAUCGCAUCCUCCUUCACAGACGCGAGCGACCCAAAGCAGGUCAUUUCCAACGGCAUCAAGAUCGGCGGCGAGAAGUACAUGACCAUCGAGGCCGGGGACGACGAGCUCAAGGCCAAGAAGGGCAAAGAAGGCAUCGUCUGCGUCAAGACGACACAGGCGCUCCUCAUCUGCCACCACAAUGCCGACACCCAGACAACCGUCGCCUUCAACGACGCCGCCGCACUAGGCGAAUACCUCAAGAAGAUGGGCUAUUGAGCGCUCGUCGGCGACUGUUGUGUAUUUUAUGGGACGGAAUAAUUGCAUGCCCUCUCGCGAGGGUCGUGGAUGGCGUGGGAUGCCUGCCUGCCUCUUCUGGAUGGAAACCGAUAGAAAUGAGUGAUGAUGGAUGAAUGGCUUUUUUGGGGGGAUUCCCUUGAACAUAGCGAAAUCAAUAAAUCAAUACAUGGAUCGUCGAGGUUCAGCCUGUUCCCGUGGGUCAGAGUGGCAGCGACAGCUUUGACAGCUAUCAUCAUAACCGUGGUAAGUAAAGCCUUAGGUGGGAGCUUGCAGCCAU